CUGGUAGAGCUAAGGUCCGGGUGCUUCUAGUCAAACCAACCCCAUAGUAGGGUUUCGCCGGCAAGCCAAAUUGAUUCACAUAGAAAGCCAUGGCGCCGACGAAUUCUCCGAACUCCGGCACCGGCUCCGAUGCUGAGAGCACUCCAGCUUCGGAUUUGAAUGCCAAACCCGAUCCAAAUGUCAGUGUCACUUCCGACGCACUGGCCAGCCCUUCCAGCCCGCCCGUCGUCUGCUUGUAUAGAUUCGCGGCAGACUCUUUCGGCGGGGCGUUCAUGGGUUCUAUUUUCGGAUACGGUGCAGGGCUGUUUAAGAAGAAGGGAUUCAAAGGAUCGUUUGCAGAGGCAGGCUCAUCUGCAAAGACAUUUGCAGUGUUGUCUGGAGUACACAGCGUUGUGGUCUGCUUUUUGAAGAGGCUGAGGGGAAAAGACGAUAUAAUUAAUGCUGGAGUAGCUGGGUGUUGCACGGGUCUUGCCCUAAGUUUUCCAGGUGCACCUCAGGCCCUACUGCAAAGCUGCCUCACUUUUGGGGCAUUUUCCUUCAUAAUCGAAGGUCUUAACAAACAGCAGCCCGCCUUAGCACUGUCAUCUUCAUCGGGUCUCAGAGGCAGCCAGCAACCGUUGCCCCUUCCGUUAUCACUCCCUCUCCCAAAUGAGCUUAGGGACUCUUUCUCUUUCUAUUGCCAGUCCCUAAAAAGACAUGGGAAGAACAAUAAUGGCCCUCACUAGUUCAGAUGAUCAAUUGUUAGUUUUCUUGUUUUGUCACUCUUAAAAUCUAGGGAUGGGCAUAUAAGGUUUUAUGCUUCUUUAAAGAACUAAAGAUUGUUUGCUGCUUUUGGGAUGUUUGGAUUUUCCAUAUUUGUUCCACCUUGAUGAGAUUUGUUUAACUCUGUUGAUUCUAUGAAAAUUUCUAUAUAAACAAUAAAUAAUAUAAAGUAAAUUUUCAAAAUGGUUCUUUUCAAUAAGCUAUUUUUCCGAAUUAUAUCUCAAUAAGUAAUAAAUUUGUACGUGGUAU